AUGAGCAACUUCGAAACUCCAUCAUCAGCCCUGCAAGCAGGUGCAGAAAAGUACCCUGAUCUCACUCUGCUAAAGAAACCAACCCAAUCACCCGAAGGUGUAGUCUUUGAGGAUGUUACUUUCACUCAGUUUCGAAAGGACGUUGAGCUAGCUGCAAGAUAUUGGAAGAAUCAGCUUUCUCAAGUGGGAGCCGGCGAUAGAGCAGUCGUUGGCGUUUGGCUAAGAGGCUUUGGUUACUCCGAUGCAGUUCACAUUUGGGGUCUCAGCUGGGCCGGCUACAUUCCCCAGCUGAUUUCCCUUCGGAUGACUGACCCUACUGUUGUCUACGAGCUAUUAGAAAAUGGCCAAGCCGCGGCUUUGUUGUUCGAACCAGACUUCGAACCAAUGCUUCAGAAUGCACCCUUACCGACAUUCCGAGGUGGCGAUGAUUAUUUGAAAGAGAGCCAGGAAGAACUGACUCCCGGAGCUCCUUGGAAACCUUCAAAGUCUGACGACGUACUGUUCAUCUAUCAUACUUCUGGAUCGACCUCGGGUAUUCCGAAACUUGUGCCAUCCACGGCAAGAUGGGUGAACUAUGUUACUGGAAAGUCUGGAACCUGGAAAGACAGGUGCAACACAUCUAGAGAUCGCAUGACCAGCCUGCACAUGGGGAGCUUCUGUCAUGCAGCUGCAUCUAUCAUCUUGUGGUUUAGUGUAAGAGAAGGGUUUUGCGUCAUCUUGCCCAGUGUAUUUCCUCAGCCUAUCUCUGAGAUACAGUAUCUCCUUGAUGAGCAAGGUUUAUCUAGCGCCCGCAAUGAUCCAUCCCUUCUUGCAUCACUCAAGAAGGCAGAUUGUAUAGGAUCUGGAGGGUUGGAUCCAGAUCCCGCAGAUGUAGCCUGGGGACGAAGCCAGGGCUUCCAUAUGGUCAAUGGACUUGGAUCUACGGAACUUGGUCUUCCCAUGUUGUCCGACGCUCGGGGGAAUUCUGACUAUCUACUGCCAUUCACUGGUAGUAAAUACGAGUUUCUUCCCAUAGGGGAUAGCGUGAGAACAGGCGAACCACUCCUGGAGCUAGUUACGCUCCCUGAGUCACCAGAUUGUCCGGUUCCCAGUCUUUGCGCCGCCGAUGGCAAAUUCUACUCGGGAGACUUGUUCAUCGAGCCUUCACCUGGAAAGUACUUGUGUAAGGGCCGGAACGACAAUUGGAUCAAGAUGCAGACAGCUCUCCGAUGUGACACAUCCUCCAUCGAGUUUAACGUUGUGGAGACUUGUGGCAACGACUUGGUAAAUGCUGUGGUCGUGGUUGGGGCAGGACGACCUUGCCCAACGAUCAUGAUUGAGCCAAAGGACAACUCAAUCGUGAUUUCAGAGGAUGGUCAACAGGAACCAGUGGAGAAGUUGAAGGAGGAAAUACUAAAAAGGAUCACGCCAUUCCACAAGAGACGAUAUGAACAUGAAAGGGUGAGCGACACGAGGUACAUUGUUGUUGUUCCCCAAGGAUCCUUGCCUCGAACUAUCACAAAGGGGAAUGUGCGUCGAAAGGAGGUUGAGAAAAUGUAUGGGACAAUGCUGGAUGGCUUGUACGCGACGUAA